ACUCAUAGCAGGAGAUUGUUGAAGACAGUCUCAAAAUCGGUCCGUCUGGGGAUCCAAUCCACAUGCGAGCUGGACCCGCCGAGUGGCCCCCAUGGCCUUGACUUAUUUACCCUUUCCCUCUCCAUCCUCCCCUUCCUUCUGAUCGCCUCCUUCCCGUUCCCCGCAGCCGCCCAAACCCUAGCCCUAGCCCCUAGCCCCGCUGCCGGCAAGGCCGGAGCGCCCGGAGCCCCCGCUGGCCGGCCCCGGAGAAGACGUCCCAUGCGGCUGUAUCGCGCAGGGGAAAUUUAGGUGAAUGUUACAAGCAUGAUGACUCAAACCCUGCAAGGGAAAGUUAUGGCCUACACACCGAGCAGUUUUCCUGUUCAGCAACAGAUUCUGCCGGAGGAUCUUGAAAUGCUUCAGCUGGAUAACAUGGACCAGGGUACCUCUCCGGUUCGUGCUGUCAUCAUUAAAAGAAUUGAAACAUGCCUGAGAAAUAGAGAAGAAUUUUGUAACUUGUGCCCAGAUUCAUUACUGAAAGCUUCAGAAAUCAUUGACAACCUGCUAUACAAAAUUGAUCCGCAGCCCCAAUACAUGGAUCUUGACACAAUAGAAGCCAGGGUGAAUGAUUUGCUGAGAUCGUUCCUGUAUGGAAACCAAAGAGACCCAUGGAUAUCUUCAGCAGUUCCAUCAACAAAAGAUUUGAGGCAGCUGCCUGGGAUACAAAUGACAGACUCUAGUGUAUAUCAUAAUAGAGUUGUCCCUGGUUUUACUAAUUUGCCUGCACGCCCAGGAGGCAUACCUUCACAUGCUGUGUUCACUGCUCAGAGAUAUGUACCACUGAAUCACAACAUGACUGCUGCCAGUUUUGCUCUAGUUGAAAGGCCUGAAAGCUUUAUGAGUACCGUAGUUGCUCCAUCUGUGUCAGGACUUCCUAACUGUAUUUCUGGCCCUGGUGGGAUUGAUAGUUCUGGAUUGCAAAAUGGCUAUUCAAAGGACCAUUUUCCAGGUGAUGCUUAUCAUGUUGAUAGUCCACAACUGUCUAUGUCCGGGAGUCCCAGUCCUUUAUCAGCCUUAUGUGAUCCAAUCACAAGUUCGGGUGCAAUGAUAAGAUCAUCAAUGGAUUUUAUCCCUAAAGCAAGUGGGCAAAAACUCUUUACUGGCAAAGGACAAAUGUUUCAACAAUACAGAGAAUAUGAGAAAGAGUUAGAUGGUGCAUGGAGCCACCCCACAGAGAAGCCAGUUCACUCAAAUAGGACAACUCAGAGCGAUGAAAUAUAUCUCAAAGGAGAAUGCGGACCUGAUACACUCACAGAAAUGAAGGAAAACUAUGGGCGCAUCUCAGACUCUAGAGAUCCUUGUGACCCUGAGAGAGAAAUUGUUGAGAGAUCUGAACAGACAUCAAAUAUCACAGUAUCAAAGGCAACUUCACCAAUUUCAGAUGAAUCUUCUGGCAGGCGUCCAGCAAAACGCCUGAAGGCUGAUGCUCCCCGUCUUGUCAAUGUCAAUCAAGUAGAGAGUCCACAGGAGCAAAAACCUGUUGUGAAUGAGAAUCAUGUAUCUGGUGGUGAAACAGUACAAUCGGAAAUCACAGAAUUACCUGCAAAACCACCUUGCAGUUCAUUGGGAGACAUUAAUGCUGAGAGCAAUAAUAUGCUUGAACAGGGUAGUGAAGAUGUACCCAACAUGGAUAUUGUUAAGGAAGAGGAAUUGUCCCGUGCAAAAGGUGACAUUGAGAUGAAAGAUGCUAAGACUGUUGCAUUGGAUCAUACACCAAAAGGGGUCAAUUUAAGUUCAAGACGAAAGAGAGGGGCUUCUAUACUUUAUGGAUUAACUGCUGAGGAGCUUAGAGAUCACAUGAGUAGUCUAAUAAACCGGCAUACUUGUCAGAGCAAGGUGACAUCUCAAGAAUUCCCAUCAAUUGAUGGAUUGCCUGAUCAGAACACAUGCAGUUUGUGUGGGAUGGAGAAGCUUCUUUUUGAACCUCCUCCACGAUUUUGUGCGCUCUGUUUCAAAAUAAUAAAUUCUGCAGGGUGCUAUUAUGUUGAAGUUGAAAAUGGAACUGAGAAAUCUUCUAUAUGUAGCAAAUGCCACCAUCUUAGCAGUUUAAGAGCUAAAUAUCAGAAGAAAUUUAAUUAUGCAGAAACAGAUGCUGAGGCUGAAUGGUGGGUCCAGUGCGACAAGUGCAAAGCUUGGCAACAUGAAAUCUGUGCUCUUUUUAACAGAAAGUGUGAAGGGGCAAAGGCUGAGUAUACUUGUGCAAAAUGUUUUUUGAAGGAAAAGGAUAGUGGAGAUAUUCAGGCACUGGAGUCAUCCACUGUUCUUGGGGCACAGGAGUUACAAAGAACCAAGCUAAGUGAUCAUAUUGAGCAAAGACUUUCAGAGAGGCUUGAGCAGGACAGGCAACAGAGGGCGAGCGCCUCUGGAAAAGUUGCUGAAGAGGUACCAGGUGUGAAAGGGCUUACAGUUAGAGUAGUUUCUUCAGCCGAAAGAUUACUGCAAGUCCAACCACGUUUUCGUGGUUUUUUUAAACAAGGAAAGUAUCCUGGGGAAUUUCCAUACAAAUCGAAGGCCAUUCUCUUGUUUCAAAAGAUCGAAGGUGUGGAUGUUUGCCUCUUUGCCAUGUAUGUACAAGAGUAUGGCUCAGAUUGCCCACCACCAAAUCAAAGACAUGUUUAUCUUGCAUAUAUUGAUUCUGUCAAAUACUUCCGGCCUGAAAUCAAAUCUGCAACUGGAGAAGCUCUCCGCACCUUUGUGUAUCAUGAAAUUUUGAUUGGUUAUCUGGACUACUGCAAGAAACGAGGGUUUGUAAGCUGUUCAAUAUGGGCUUGCCCAUCUACGAAGCGAGAUGAUUAUGUUUUAUAUUGCCAUCCAACAGUACAAAAGAUGCCCAAGUCUGACAAGCUUCGAAGCUGGUACCAGAACCUGAUCAAGAAGGCCAUUAAGGAGGGUGUUGUUGUGGAGCGUAAUACACUCUCUGACUUCUUCCUUCAGCCUACAAAUGAGUGCAAGGCCAAUAUUUCGGCAGCAUGCUUGCCAUAUUGUGAGAACGAUUUCUGGCCUGGAGAAGCAGAGAGGCUGCUUGAGAAGAAAGAUGAUAAUGCUUCACAGAAGGAAGAGACACAGGUAGGAAGGCUCUUGCGUGUUGCCAAACGCGACGACAGAAAAGGAAACCUUGAUGAUAUUUUGCUUGUGCAUAAGCUUGGGGAAAGGAUGCGCACAAUGAAAGAAGACUUCAUUAUGCUUUGUCUGCAACAGUUUUGCAAGCACUGCCACCAUCCUAUCCUAUCUGGCAAAAGUUGGGUUUGCACUAGCUGUAAAAAUUUCCAUCUAUGUGACAAGUGUCAUGCAGAGGAGCAGAAUACAGCACAGAAGGACAGGCAUCCGGCCACCACAAAACAGAAGCAUGCAUUCGAAAGAAUGGAGGUACAACCUCUUCCAGAGACUGAUGAUGGAGAUCCGACAAUGGAAAGUAAGUAUUUUGACAGCAGGAUCGAUUUCUUGAAGCACUGCCAAGACAAUCAAUUCCAGUUUGAUACCAUCCGGCGGGCAAAGCACUCUACAAUGAUGAUUCUGUAUUACCUACACAAUUCAACCUGCUCUGCUUGCCAUCGUGCCGUGGACCAAUGCUUGGUGUGGCGGUGCCUAGAGUGCCUAGGCUGCACCUUUUGUGGUCAAUGCUAUAAACAAAAUGGUCAAGGCUUGCAUAUUCAUGAAUUAAGGCAGAUUGACACUAGAGAAACUUCACAGAAGCACACUCUACAGGACUACAUUGAUGGCCUUGUGCAUGCAUCGAGGUGCUAUGAUCCACGUAACUGCACCCAUCCACUCUGUUUAACCCUGAAGAAACUGUUCGCCCAUGGUGCACGAUGCCAUGUCCGUGCCUGCAAUAGCGGCGGUUGCAAAAAGUGUCUCUUUAUGUGGAAACUCCUGUUCCGCCACUCAAAAGAUUGCAACGACGGAGACUGCGCGGUUCCUAGAUGCAGGGAUGUAAAGGCAUUCAUAGCUGAAAAGAUGAAGCUUAAAAUCUAGUAAUGGACCCCCUCCCCCUUCUCCCCCUUCCUUAACCAGUCAAAUUCGUUGAUGAAGAUGCAAUAAACUGCGGUUGGCCAUUGCUGGUGGAUGGAACUGCAAGGUAAAUAAUGUGGUGACUUACUGCUUCUGGUGUGGUUGCAUGUGCUCCAUGCCACAGAGGAUCACCCAACCGAAGCUUACAUAGGCAAUCUGACAUUGGUUUUUAGUGCCCGUACAUACCUUGUACAUAUAGUUUUUCUCUCCAACACAAAUAGGGGUUUGUUUUAAUUUCUUCAUCGUCAAAGUUUUGUUCUCCAUAAUGUCUGCCUCAUUUUUGUUCA